AUGGUUUCUGCACCUUGUGUUCUGAUUGCUGCAUCGUGGGCAGCAAGGACAUCACUUGCAUUUCAUUUGUUUAUUGCAUGCGGAUGUAAUAAUAUUGGUGGGGAAGGAGAUGAGGAGGAGAAUAAGGUUCUGUACAGGAGCAAGCAGGGGUCAAAGAGGUCGAAGGAAAUGGAGGUGAAUUUGAUGGCGGAUGUUUCGGAUUGCUUGGACAAGUAUAUAGUGUUUGGUAUUGAAGAGUUGAGAGAGGCCACAGAUGGGUUCAGCGAUAGUAGCUUGAUUGAAGGGUCUGUGUAUAAAGUUCCAUUAAUGGAGAUUUCUAUGCCAUUAAGAAGAAGUGGAACGCCUAUGAGGAGCUCAAGAUCUUACAAAAGGUACAUCAUGGUGCUACCAACCGUUAAGAAUGGGAGCAUGAACUACCGAUCUAAUCUUCUACACUUUGCUGAUUUGUAUGGUACAAUUGAAGAACAUGUAAAAGCCGGACACGAUAUUCAUAUGAAGACAACACCAUUUUGGAGACUAUACCGAGCAUACAGAGAUAAGCUUGUGACAACAGAGCACUUUAGUGCUUUGGACAAUGAUAUCAAGAUGAUAAUUGAACAAUAUGACAAAGACCAAGGGUGCUUUGUAUUUGGUGACAUCAAAGGAGUGGUGACAGCUAAUGACAUUGCUGAUAUAUUCGGCAUUCCUAAUGAGGGGAGAAAUUUGGAAUACACAUGUACGCCAGGAGAGAAAACAAAAAAAAAACAACAUUCAUGUCUAAAUAUUUCUCAGAUAUGGUCGAUCGUGUUACAAAGACUAGGAUUGAGGCAUCCAUAAGAAAUAUAGUUGCAGGAAGAUCAAUUGAAGAGCGUACAGACUUUGCACGUUUAGUGUGCAUUUAUUUAUGUAACACACUCUUAUUGUGCAAUAGUUCUACUCAAAUUUCGUGGAAACUUGUGGGUAUAUGUGAAAACUUGGAUCAAAUUCAAACAUAUAAUUGGGCAGUAGUGAUUGCUGAGUGUUUGAACAAAUCACUUGUACAUGCUAGUAAGCCACAUUUGGUAACAGGAUGUGUUCCGUCUUUGUUGGUACGUUUUUCAUAAUGUGGUUUUUUUUUCUUUUGUUGAAAAAUGCUAUAGUUGUUGAUUCUGAUGCAUUAUACUACUAUUUGUGUUUAUAGUUUUGGUUUGGCGGAAAAAACAAGAUUACUUACCCCCAUCAUUGGUAGAUAGAACAAACUACCUAACUUUGUAAGGUGGAGUUUAUUCCAACUGCACAAAACAUU